AAAUUUCAAGUUGUGAAGAAAAAAAGCAAAAGAAAGUCUUCAUGCAAUGUUUUGGUUAUGUCUGUUGAUGAAUAUGUCUGUUCAAAAUGAAAUAAAAGUGUGAAAAAUAUAUAUAUAUUACUUUCAAAUAUGUUAGUGAUGUCUAUCUGUAGUAAGCAGUGAUUUUAAAUAAUGGAGGUUGGAGCAGGGAGUCGAACCACCCGUUUCAUGAUGGAAGGUGUUGGUUCUCGAGUUAUACGUGGGCCUGAUUGGAAAUGGGGGAAACAGGAUGGGGGAGAGGGACAUGUUGGCACAGUUCGCAAUUUUGAAUCUCCAGAAGAAGUGGUGGUUGUCUGGGACAAUGGAACAGCAGCCAAUUACCGCUGUUCAGGGGCGUAUGAUUUGCGCAUUUUAGACAGUGCUCCAACUGGUGUUAAGCACGAUGGAACAAUGUGUGACACAUGCAGACAACAGCCCAUUUUUGGAAUUCGAUGGAAAUGUGCAGAAUGUGGGAAUUAUGAUUUAUGUUCAAUUUGCUACCAUGGGGAUAAACAUCACCUACGUCAUCGUUUUUUUCGUAUCACUACACCUGGAUGUGAAAGAGUUCUUCUGGAACCUCGCCGAAAGAGCAAGAAAGUUGCUGUUCGAGGAAUCUUUCCAGGAGCAAGAGUAGUUCGUGGUGUGGAUUGGCAAUGGGAAGAUCAAGAUGGUGGCAAUGGUCGGAGAGGGAAAGUCAAUGAAAUCCAGGAUUGGUCUGCUGCCAGCCCAAGAUCGGCUGCCUAUAUCAUCUGGGAUAAUGGAGCAAAAAAUCUGUACCGUGUUGGUUUUGAGGGAAUGGCUGAUCUGAAAGUAGUGAAUGAUGCUAAGGGGCAGGGUGUUUAUCGGGAUCAUCUACCUCUUCUGGGUGAGCUGGGUCCUGGACGCUCGGGCCCUCAUGGAUUACAAGUUGGUGAUCAGGUUACUGUGGAUCUUGACAUGGAAAUAGUGCAAUCUUUACAACAUGGCCAUGGUGGUUGGAUGGAUGGCAUGCUUGAGUGCCUUGGAACUACUGGCUUUGUUGUGGAUAUUGAUGAAGAUCAUGAUGUAGUGGUUUCUUAUCCUAGUGGUAACAGGUGGACUCUAAAUCCAGCAGUUCUAACAAAAGUGCCAACUCCUGUGUUGUCUUCUUCAGGGGAGCAACAGUCACAAUUUGCUGUUGGGGAUCUUGUUCAGAUAUGCCAAGACCUCGAACGCAUCAAAAUUUUGCAGAGGGGCCAUGGGGAGUGGGCUGAAGCUAUGGCUCCGACUUUAGGCAAAGUAGGUCGUGUCCAGCAGAUUUAUCAUGAUAAUGACUUAAAGGUAGAGGUUUGUGGAACAUCAUGGACGUACAAUCCUAUCGCAGUAACUAAAAUGGCAUCUGCUGAUGGAUCUAAUGGAGAGCGCUUGAGUGAGUUACUGAAGAAACUCUAUAAAACGCAAGGUACUGGUGAUGUUACUGAAGAGUUGGUAAAGGCAGCUGCAGCGGGAGACGUACAAAAGGUUGAAGAGACGCUGAAGCAUUCAGAGCUGGAUGUCAACGGGGUUUUUGCUGGACACACUGCUCUACAGGCAGCUAGUCAAAACGGCCAUCUAGAAGUUAUUAAAAUAUUAUUAUUCCACAAGGCUGAUGUUGAAAUUGAGGAUAACGACGGAGACCGCGCCGUGCACCAUGCCGCCUUUGGGGACGAGCCCGUCGUGAUGGAGCUGCUGGCGCAGGCCGGGGCGGACCUCAACGCGCGCAACAAGCGCAGACAGACGGCGCUGCACAUCUCCGUCAACAAGGGCCACCUCAGUGUCGUCAAGAACCUCCUCGCCCUGGGCUGUCACCCGAGCCUGCAGGACGAGGACGGCGACACACCCCUGCACGAUGCCAUCUCCAAGAAGCGGGACGACAUGCUGAGCCUGCUGCUGGACAACACGGCAGACAUCACGCUGACCAACAGCAACGGGUUCAACGCCCUGCACCAUGCUGCUCUUCGCGGGAACCCAAGCGCGAUGCGGAUCCUGCUGCAGAAGCUGCCCCGCCCCUGGAUCGUGGACGAGAAGAAGGACGACGGCUACACGGCGCUGCACCUGGCCGCCCUCAACAACCACACGAUGGUGGCGCGCAUGCUGGUGCGCCAGGGCAAGGCCAACAUGGACCUGCAGAACAUGAACGGGCAGACGGCGCUGCACCUCGCCGUCGAGCGGCAGCACAUCCAAGUCGUGCAGUUGCUGGUCCAGCUCGGGGCCGUGCUGAACGUGCCGGACAAGGACGGCGACACCCCGCUGCACGAGGCCCUGCGGCACCACACGCUCUCGCAGAUCCGACAGCUGCAGGACGUGCAGGGCGUCAGCAAGCUCCUUAUGGGUCUAAGCUGCGAUCGUCAGGAUAAAGACAAGAAAAAGACAUCGGCGACAAUCGCUUGUUUCCUCGCCGGGAAUGGGGCAGACCUGAAAAUUAAGAACAAGAAAGGGCAAACUCCCCUUGACUUAUGUCCUGAUGCCAAUCUUCUCGUUGCCCUGACUAAGUGCCACAAGGAUCAGGAAAUGAACAAGUUGAAGGCUCAAUAUGAAAGUGUGGAUGCAGACGAUGACCCAGCUGCCCUUGAUGAAUGCCUGGUAUGCUCUGACCAUAAAAGAGACAUAUUGUUUAAGCCCUGUGGUCAUGUAUCAUGCUGCACACAAUGUUCUUCACGAGUAAAAAAAUGCCUCAUAUGUCGAGAACCUAUUGGAUCACGGGUGAAGAUCGAAGAGUGUGUAAUUUGUUCAGACAAAAAGGCAUCUGUCCUCUUUAAGCCAUGUGGACACAUGUGUGCUUGCUAUCAAUGUGCACCCCUUAUGAAGAAGUGUGUUCAGUGCCGCACUCAAAUUGAUCGUAUGCAAUCUUUUAUUGUGUGCUGUGGUGGCACAGGAAAUAACACUGAUAUAGACAACGAAUUUGGAGAUGGAAUAUCAUCAAUGGGGGCAGCUGCCGCAGUAGCAUCUGCUGUAAUGUCCCGCCACCAUCAGAAUCAAGGGACAGGUUCAAAGUCGUCAGACUUAGAUUCGGACCUUGAUGAUGAUAUCCCUCAUGGCCUGAACAGGUCAAAUGCUGCCACUCUGUCCACUGCAGCUCUCAGCAAACGCCAUACCCCUG